AUGAUAAUUGAUACGACAGAAGUACAAGCUAUCAAUUCUUUUUCCAGAUUGGAAUCGUCAAAAGAGGUCUAUGGUCUGAUAUGGCUAUUUAUCCCUAUUUUUACUCCUGUAUCAGGGAUCACAAUAGGGGUAUUGGUUAUUGUGUGGCUAGAAAGAGAAAUAUCUGCAGGGAUACAACAACGCAUUGGACCUGAAUACGCUGGUCCUUUGGGGAUUCUUCAAGCUAUAGCAGAUGGGACCAAAUUACUUUUCAAAGAGGAUCUUCUCCCAUCUAGAGGAGAUAUUCGUUUAUUCAGUAUCGGGCCUUCUGUAGUGGUCAUAUCAAUUUUACUAAGUCAUUUGGUAAUUCCUUUCGGUUAUCGCCUUGUUCUCGCCGAUCUAAGUAUAGGUGUUUCUCUAUGGAUCGCAAUUUCCAGUAUUGCUCCUAUUGGACUUCUUAUGUCAGGAUAUGCAUCAAAUAAUAAAUAUUCUUUUUCAGGUGGUCUACGAGCUGCUGCUCAAUCUAUUAGUUAUGAAAUACCGUUAACUCUGUGUGUGUUAUCAAUAUCUCUACUAUCUAACAGUUCAAGUACGGUUGAUAUAGUGGAGGCACAGUAUAAAUAUGGUUUUUGGGGGUGGAAUCUGUGGCGUCAACCUAUAGGGUUUCUAGCUUUUCUAAUUUCUUCCUUAGCGGAAUGUGAGAGGUUGCCCUUUGAUUUACCAGAAGCGGAGGAAGAAUUAGUAGCGGGUUAUCAAACCGAAUAUUCAGGUAUUAAAUUUGGUUUAUUUUAUCUUGCUUCUUACCUAAAUCUACUAGUUUCUUCAUUAUUUGUAACGGUUCUUUAUUUGGGUGGGUGGAAUCUUUCUAUUCCAUACAUAGCAAUUCCUGAGCUUUUCAGAAUAAAUAGAAUUGGUGGAGUUUUUGGAACAACAAUUAGUAUCUUUUUUACAUUAGCUAAAGCUUAUUUGUUCCUGUUCAUUCCUAUCACAACAAGAUGGACUUUACCUAGGAUGAGAAUGGACCAACUAUUAAAUCUUGGUUGGAAAUUUCUUUUACCUAUUGCUCUAGGUAAUCUAUUACUGACAACUUCUUCCCAACUUUUUUCGCUGUAA